UCCAGUCUUAAGUCUAUGUCCAAUCCAAAACUUUUCACCCCUUUCCAAAUUCCAAUCUAAAACACUCUCUCUCUCUCUCUCUCAUACAAAAUUAUGAAUAGGGAGAUAUAUUAGUACAUCAUAUAUGUAGCUGUAUCGGUUUGAGGUUGAUGAAGCAUUGUGUGUUGUGUUGAUUUUCGCUCCAGAAGGUCUUUUUUUUUUCGCGAAAAGUUGUGGUAGGUUUGGGGUUUUCAUUGAUUUGAGAAGAUCGGAGACUGAGCAAUGGCUCAAGCUGUAGAAGAAUGGUACAAACAGAUGCCAAUUAUCACCCGUUCGUACCUCACUGCUGCAAUUGUCACCACCAUCUGUUGCUCCCUCGAAAUAAUCUCACCUUACAACUUGUACUUGAACCCAGUGCUAGUGGUUAAGCAUUACCAGUUCUGGCGACUCAUCACCAAUUUCCUCUACUUCCGGAAUAUGGACUUGGACUUUCUGUUCCACAUGUUCUUUCUUGCUCGAUACUGCAAGCUUCUUGAAGAGAAUUCUUUUAGGGGAAGGACUGCAGAUUUCUUUUACAUGCUUUUAUUUGGUGCCACUGUUUUAACUGGGAUUGUUCUCAUUGGCGGAAUGGUACCUUAUGUGUCAGAAUCAUUCGCAAAGAUUAUAUUCCUUAGCAAUUCACUGACAUUUAUGAUGGUUUAUGUGUGGAGCAAGCAAAACCCGUACAUCCAUAUGAGUUUCUUGGGCUUCUUUACGUUCACAGCAGCUUACCUUCCAUGGGUUCUUUUGGGAUUCUCUGUCCUUGUUGGUGCUAGUGCCUGGGUUGAUCUACUGGGAAUGAUGGCUGGUCAUGCAUACUAUUUUCUUGAAGAAGUGUAUCCACGAAUGACUGGUCGUCGACCCCUAAGAACUCCAUCACUUAUAAGAGCACUGUUUGCUGAUGAGCCUGUUGUUGUGGCCCGCCCUGCAAAUGUGAGAUUUGCGCCCCCACCUGUAGAGGAAGUUCAACAAAAUCGAUAAGAUUCUUGGAUAGCCUAGACUUUACUGGGAGGCCGCCUUUGCUUGUUAUGAAGUUUUAGCCACCGAGGCAGUUUGGCAUUGAGGGUUCAUUUUGUACUUUUGAUCUGAAAUGGGUACUUUUUAGCAGUUAUAGAGCGGUCCUUUUGCGUUUCUUAUAUUCGAAGAAACUUAUUGUGGAGAAAUACAGCUGAAGUAUUCAAUAGGGAAAAUAGAGAAUUGUGCUUCCAUGUCAAAGCAAUUUCACCAUUAUACUGUAUUCUGAAAGCUGACUACCUUAUCUUAGAAUACUCUGGCCCUGUUU